AUGAGUCACCAUCAUCAUCAUCACCAUUGUCCAAAGUCAACUGGACUCACCUAUUUACUCUGGUUCUUCUUUGGUGUAUUUGGAGUACAUAGAUUCUAUUUACAACGUUAUGUCUCUGGUUUCAUUUAUUUGUUCACAUUAGGUAUUUUCGGUAUUGGAUGGCUUGUAGAUUUGUUUUUGAUUCCAUCGAUGGUUCGUCAUUUCAACAACCACUACUUCUCAGAGGAAACCGUCAUCGUUGCACCAGCUCCAAUUAUCUACCAAAACCAACCAUACCAACCAUACCAACCACAACCACAACAAUACUAUGCUUACGGUGCUCCACAGGUUCAACAGGUUCAACCAGUCCAACCAUACCAACCACAACCAGCUCCAUACAAUCCACCAGCUUAUUAA